GUUCUGGUAGUACAAGAAAGACCAGUAUGUACAAACUUGCAAAUACAAGGAUCAGAUAGAAUACGGAGCAGCAUCGGAUCAUUUUGUAAGAGUACUUUGAAAGUGAAGGUUUUCCCCGGUCUUACCUUCCCGCAUCAUGGCUGUUGUUGAAGGUCUGCGCACUUUUGCCAUCCUCUCCGAUUUUUCCGUGGGCCGAAGUGGUAUGAAAGGAACAAAUUUACCACGCACAAAAGCUCUCUGUGAUGUGAAGAAUACUCUCCAAGUGAGGCAACUGGGCAAUGUACCAAUAAAGAGACUCGUUAGUACUACUAAUUCCAUACCCUGCUCUAAAUCAGUCGCAGCCUGUUCAGUUAGUCCAUGUCUGAACCUGGAAGACAGUUGUUCAGAGUGGGAACACUGCAAUUGCUCCCAACAUUAUGAUUAUUCAGCAGAUAUAGUCAGACUGAACACUGAGUGUCUAGGUGAAGACGACAUUGUGUAUGUUACGAGAGGAAUAUUCAAUCUUCAGCAUACCGAGAAUGAGACCAACUCUUUGCCUCCUUUUGAAUUAGAUUGUAUUGAUGCUGCCGACAAUGAUUCCUAUCUUCCGACUGAAUUUGAUUACUAUUUUCUCCCUAUUGAUGAUUCACUGGACCAGCCCACCUAUUUUGAUCCUGAGGACUGUUGAGCCUUCUUGGUACUUGUGAUAUUAGACAUCUGUAGAUAUUUAACUUAUUACUUCAACUGUCUUCAGUACAAAUAGAUUUUUAAGUUAUGUUGACAAGAAUAAAAUCACUCUCAUAAUAAAGUAUUAACAAUAAAAUAGUUUAUUUAACAGA